AUGGUGACUGAAGACGCGUAUAAGUAUGUUGCUCCUUCAUUUGCGGGUACCGCGAAUCGUUUGGAUGCUGUGAAGACCUGGCAAGCUAGUCUUGAUACCGAUAAGGAUAUUGGACUGAACUCUAUGCACAACUAUAUGGGCGGCGCGACUUCUCCAGGUGUUACAUUGGCUCACACUCUCAUGAACCAUACUGCGGUCGUCUACAGUGUUACGCAACACGUUAAUAUUCUGAAUAAGUUAGAAGACCAGGGACUGACUACCGGAGUCCCCUAUAUCCUGGGUGAGAUGAAUUCUCUCUACCACCAGGGCGCCCCGGGUCUAUCGGACUCCUCUGGUGCCGCGCUAUGGGGCGUCGACUUCAACCUCUAUUGUGCCUCCCAAAACAUUCGUCGCACGCACAUGCACCAGGGAACCAACUAUCGCUACGCAUCUUGGGAACCUAUUGAAACCAACAGUACAAGCAUCGGUACCAAGGCACCCUACUACGGCAAUGCCAUGGUGGCCGCAAUGCUGAGUGGUAAGGGAGGCGAGAGCGUUCAGGUGGUCAAUCUCCCUCUGGCUGGAGAAACCGAAGCUGCCUAUGCUGCGUACGUCAACGGGCAGCUAUCGCGCAUUGCCAUGCAGGAGUAUAAUUCCACAGAGCCAUCUCGAGGAUCCGCCACUUAUCAGUUCUCUCGGCUGCUGGCAGAUGGAAGCGACGCUAUCUCGGGUAUCACUUGGGAUGGUUGGUCAUACAACUAUGAAUUGAAGGGUGGCAAACCCGUUCGCUUGUCGAAUAUCACGAUUGGUGAGACUGUGAGCGCGGAUUCUAACGGGUUUGUGCAACUGGAGGUGCCGUUCUCGAGUGCUGCGAUUUUGAACUUGAUUUGA